AUGAAUACAAGUGAGCCAUCACGUGAUUUGCCAGGUGGGCCCGAUUCUUAUCUUAUCGCGCUCCCUGAUCGCGGGGUCGUCGAUUCGCGGCCGCCCUGCUUCCUUGGUUGUUACAUGAUGCUCCUCCUCCAGGCCGAUGUCCCAGCGGCCAUAAGUAGUCGUGUCAUAAAACGUUCGUCUGCCAAAACCGACCAAAGAAAGGCGCUCGCUGCUUUGAUUGACUCCGAGGGCGAAAUCAAGAUGCCUUGUACGGGGUGCUUCAAGCGACAUCUCGUCUGUAAGACCGCCCCUGGUUCUUCUCGCUGUGGGGAGUGCAUCCGUCGCGGUCGCUCUUGUGAUGGUGUGAGCGUGGUUUCUGCGCUGGAAAAGGCUCUUGCAGAGCAGAAGAAGCGAGAGGCUGAGAUUGAGGAUGCUGAAAUGGAGUUGGAGGUGCUCCAAACGAAGUUGGCGACGGCCUUGGGUCGUUUGUCCCGUCUUCGCAAGAUGCGGAAGGCGGCGAAGGCUCGUGGGGAAGAGUUGUUUGCUCGUGGGAUUCGUCAGUUGGAUGAGGAGGACGGCGUCCUUCCUCUGGGCGGGGACAACCUAAGCCUCGAGGCUCAGGAGGCCAACGUGGUUCAGGACCUUUAG